GUCGUUAGCUCCCCUGUCAGACCCUCAUCGACAAAAAGCAGAGAUGAACCUUCCCUUCCUCCCGCCGACAGUAUCGACCAGUAAGCACUAUCGCUAUUAGCAAUGACCCCACAAUCUGCUCUCUCCCAGCUGCUGCAAAUCGAGGCUGAUCUGUCGUCAGCUCUUGGACACGAGGACAAUGACGCACAGCUAGAGCAUCUUCUCUCCCGAGUCGAUGCUAUAGGUCUUAAGCUGAGUCAGGUCGCACAAGAUGGCAUGAGCGAUGUAGCAUCUUGGACACAGGUGGCAAACGCUGUGCAGGCGAUAUGGACGAUAGCGGUCUCUUUCGCUGAGCAAGAAAAGAGACUGCUGCGACGACAGAAAGACGUCGCAGACGACGUCAUGCUGCUGCUGCAAAAGCAGACCAGACUCUCUGCCGCUGUAACGCUUCCAGAUAGACAACAUGAAGACCGUAAAGAUUGCGGACAGUCAGAUCUUCAUUUGCUCAAUGUAGCAUCAUCUUCGAAAUAUAGCGAACAAAGUCUCAACGCUGCCAUUAUGCGGCGAUGGAUGUUGGAGCACAUCGAUCACCCAUUCCCUAACAACCAUGACAAAGAAGAGCUUGCAAAAGAGACUAAUCGGCGUGCUCCAAGCGGGAAAAGCCAGCUACGACCCGAGCAGGUGAGUCGAAGGCGUCAAAAGGAGAAAGGCAUACGUUACUGCCCCUCUGCUUGUUCACACGUCAAUUUGCCCAUACCCUCCCUCCAUCCAGGCCACACUCUGGUUCAUCAACACUCGCCGUCGCUCUGGCUGGACCUCAUGGGCUCGACGCUUUGCCAAUAGUGACAAGGCUCGGCUACGAGCUAUCGUGGCAGCCAUCCGUGGAGAAGUCCUAGACAUACGUGGCGCUGAGGAGGAGGUCAAUGACUCACUGGAGGAGCUCGUCGAGGCACAUG